AUGGGAUUUCCAUGUGCUGCGAAGUGCCAGAAAGCCUACGACUCCAGAAUCUUCUGGCAGCAGUCGAAAAACCGAUCACAUCCGGUUUUCUGUUUCUUCGUCUGCUACGAUGGCUUCCUGGAAGGCGUUGGGUCGGAACGUAUCGCCGGCCGGGUCGACUGUAUGGCUUGUAAAUGGGAAAGACGGACGAUGAAGAUUCCGCCCGGCAUCAAGGAGCUCGUUCAACAUCUUGAGGAGCGCCAUCCAGCCGAGUUCAAGCAGUACGAUGAAUUGAGGCGCGCCGGGCUACCAUGGAUGAAUGUGGAUACGAGAAAAAUUAGACGCCACAGCGGUUCAAAUGCUCUACCUGCCCAAUCGAAUCACCUGGAUAUCGUGGCUGUUCCAAAAAAACAGCCGAUCAAAACAAAUGCGUUCCUAAGGAAGAAGCAAUCG